GAUCUCUUUAAUUCAAGCUGGUCUUUAUGGAGAUCCUGAAGAAAGCCUCGCUUUGAAUUUGCGGCGUGCUUUUCGCGACUUUCAGCUGUGGUGUAGAGAAAACAAGGUUCAGUGCUCACAGGUGCCUUGGACCACCGGGACCGGGAUGGUGGUGAAAAAGGGUCGCAACGUGCUCAUGAGCCACAAAGCUUUCAAUGAGCGCAUGAUUGUAGAGUACUUGGCAGAGUGUUGUGAGCGGGUCGUUGAUCAGAAUUUGCCUGGGAACAGCCGUGCAUUUGGGCAAUGGUUGUGCGAGCAAGUACUUCAGGGCAAGAGGGAAUGGCCAUCGCCAUCAAACCCUGAAUUUGGUUUGGCUGCAACAUGUUUGAAAUCGAUUGCUCGAUGGUUCAACUUGUGUGAAAGGAAUGGCCGAUACUUGACAGCCAAGGCGGCAAAGGACAUCGGGGAUGCUGGAAAGCAGUUCAUCGAUUCGCACCUUCUGCUGUCUUUUCUUGAGAUGAGGAGCUGGGUCAGGGCGUCAAAACUUCUAACAACAUGUACCUGGAUGUAUACAUGA